AUGAUGAGUUACUAUAUGGAUACGACUAUUGGAAGCCCAGCCCCCUAUCCUCUGGCCCGCCCUGCUGUGAUGAGGCAGGGAGAUGUCAACCCUUACGAAGACCCAUGGGCAACCUGUGGGUUCCAGUCCACCUGCUACCAGCAGAGGGCGUUCUACCCACUCUGGGACGAAGCGGCCAUCCAGGAAGUGCCCACGGGGCUUGAAUAUCACAGCACAGAUAUGGAAUGUGCCGACGUGCCUUUGUUAACUCCAAGCAGCAAGGAAAUGAUGUCGCAGGCGCUGAAGGCCACCUUCAGUGGUUUCACGAAAGAGCAGCAGCGGCUGGGAAUCCCCAAAGACCCUCAGCAAUGGACGGAAACCCAUGUUCGGGACUGGGUGAUGUGGGCGGUGAAUGAGUUCAGCCUGAAGGGCGUGGACUUCCAGAAGUUUUGUAUGAAUGGAGCUGCCCUCUGUGCUCUGGGCAAGGACUGCUUCCUGGAGCUGGCACCGGAUUUUGUAGGAGACAUCCUCUGGGAACAUCUGGAGAUCCUGCAGAAAGAAGAGAUAAAGCCAUAUCCAGCAAACGGAGUGAACACAGCCUACCCAGAAUCCCGCUAUACAUCAGACUACUUCAUUAGUUAUGGCAUUGAGCACGCUCAGUGUGUUCCUCCCUCGGAAUUCUCUGAGCCCAGCUUCAUCACAGAGUCCUACCAGACCCUCCAUCCCAUCAGCUCCGAGGAGCUCCUGUCUCUCAAGUACGAGAACGAGUACCCCUCCUCCGUCAUCCUCCGGGACCCCGUACAGAUGGAGUCCCUGCCUACCGACUACUUCACAAUCAAGCAGGAGGUCGUAACGCCGGAUAAUAUGUGCAUGGGGCGCACUAGCCGAGGGAAACUCGGGGGCCAGGAUUCCUUUGAGAGCAUCGAGAGCUACGACAGCUGCGACCGCCUGACCCAGUCGUGGAGCAGCCAGUCUUCCUUCCAGAGCCUCCAGCGUGUCCCUUCCUAUGACAGCUUCGACUCUGAGGACUACCCAGCAGCCCUGCCCAGCCACAAGCCCAAAGGCACCUUCAAGGACUAUGUUCGAGACCGGGCGGACAUGAACAAGGACAAGCCUGUCAUUCCUGCGGCCGCCUUGGCUGGCUACACAGGUAGCGGACCGAUCCAACUGUGGCAGUUCCUGCUGGAGCUCCUCACAGACAAGUCCUGCCAGUCCUUCAUCAGCUGGACAGGCGACGGCUGGGAGUUCAAGCUCUCUGAUCCAGAUGAGGUUGCAAGGAGGUGGGGCAAGAGGAAAAACAAGCCCAAAAUGAACUAUGAGAAGUUGAGUCGCGGGCUGCGCUACUACUAUGACAAGAACAUCAUCCACAAGACGGCCGGGAAGCGCUACGUCUACCGUUUUGUGUGCGACCUGCAGAGCUUGCUGGGAUACACGCCCGAAGAGCUACACGCCAUGUUGGAUGUGAAGCCAGAUGCAGAUGAGUGAAGGGAACGAGCAGGCAAGAGCAGAGGUCCUUGUAGAUGGAUUCAGGGCAUCCAUCUAGGCGUUCAAUUGAACUUCUGUCAUUUUUAUUUUUGUUUUACUGUCAUGGUUUUCCUUUUAAAAAAGAGGGAGGGAGAGAAAGA